CUGCGGCGCCGGAGUCUGAGGAGGAGAAGCGGCGGCGCCGGUCCUCCUGGCGGGCGGGAGGAGAAGAAGUCACUGUAGGUUUGGUGUCUUGGAAGUAUGGAAUCAAUCUCUAUGAUGAGAAGUCCUAAGAACCCAAAUGAAACUUUUCUACCAAAUGUUGCCAAUGGCAUCAAGGAUGCCAGUAAGGUCACAAUAGGCAUCAUUGGAAGUGGAGACUUUGCUAAAUCAUUGACAAUUAGGCUGAUCAGAUGCGGGUACCAUGUGGUCAUAGGAAGCAGAAACCCUAAACUUGCUGCUGAAUUGUUUCCCCAUGUGGUUGAUGUCACUCACCAUGAAGAUGCAGUAGCAAAAACAAACAUAAUUUUUGUAGCCAUACACAGAGAACAUUAUGCCUCUUUGUGGGACCUCAAGCAUUUACUCGCUGGUAAAAUUCUGGUUGAUGUCAGCAAUAAUACAAGAGUAGACCAAUAUCCGGACUCCAAUGCAGAGUAUUUGGCAUCACUUUUCCCAGAUUCCCUUGUUGUCAAAGGAUUUAAUGUUGUUUCAGCAUGGGCACUGCAGUUAGGACCAAAGGAUGCCAGCAGACAGGUCUAUAUAUGCGGUAACAACGUUCAGGCUCGCCAUCAAGUUAUUGAGCUUGCCCGUCAGCUCAGUUUCAUUCCUAUUGAUUUUGGGGCAUUGUCAUCUUCAAGGGAGAUUGAAAAUUUACCUCUGCGACUGUUCACACUGUGGAAGGGGCCUGUGGUGAUUGCCAUUAGCCUGGCAACGUUUUUCUUCAUCUACUCCUUCGUCAGGGAUGUAAUCCAUCCAUACACGAGAAACCAGCAGAGUGACUUUUACAAGAUCCCCAUUGAGAUUGUGAACAAGACUCUGCCGGUUGUUGCCAUCACUUUGCUUUCUCUAGUGUAUUUAUCUGGACUUAUUGCAGCAGCUUAUCAGCUUUACUAUGGUACCAAGUACAGGCGGUUUCCACCUUGGCUGGACAACUGGCUGCAGUGUCGAAAGCAGCUUGGCCUGCUCAGUUUUUUCUUUGCAGCGGUGCACGUGGUGUACAGCCUCUGCUUACCUAUGAGGAGGUCGGAGCGAUACUUAUUCCUCAACAUGGCAUAUCAACAGGUUCAUACAAACGUUGAAAAUUCUUGGAAUGAGGAAGAAGUGUGGCGAAUUGAAAUGUAUAUCUCCUUUGGAAUAAUGAGCCUUGGAUUACUUUCUUUGCUGGCAGUAACUUCCAUCCCUUCAGUAAACAGUACCUUAAACUGGAGAGAGUUCAGCUUUAUUCAGUCUACACUUGGAUACGUUGCUCUGCUCAUAAGUACUUUCCAUGUACUGAUUUAUGGAUGGAAGAGAGCUUUUGAAGAAGAGUAUUACAGAUUUUAUACACCACCAAAUUUUGUCCUUGCCCUUGUUCUGCCUUCCAUUGUAAUUCUCGGUAAGAUCAUUUUACUUUUGCCGUGUGUAAGUAGGAAACUGAGGAGAAUUCGAAGAGGAUGGGAGAAAAGCCAUGUUAUAGAAGAAGCAGGUGGGUCUGUUCCACAUCUCUCCCCGGAAAGGAUAACUGUGAUGUGAUGAUAGACUAAUAUUUGUCAGCACUGUUAUAGAUGUUUGUCAUAAACUUGUAUUUUUAGGAGUUUAGUAAAGUCACUGUGGACUUGCUUGGCAUAUAGUACAAGCUCUCAACCAAACUAUGAGGAAUUUAUAACUAGAAGACUACUACUUCAGAUAACUACAAAAAUGAUUUUGUUUUGAAUUACAGAGGGCAGAGGAUUACAAAAUCAGAAUUUUUUAAUGCUCCUUUGCACAGUUAUAUCACAACAGUAUUUUAUCAUAAUCAUGCUGUAUGUGUCAGAGUGCUGUGUAUUAACACCACAUUUUCUGGGCAGUGUUUCUUUUAUUAAAACCAUAUUUCUGGGUUAGUGAGUUCAGAAUAUAGACUAAUAGGUUUAAUGAUUUAGGAAAUAAUCAGGUUUUGAAGCAAAUUAAUUUGUAAUGAUGUAUUGCACAUGUACAGUAUAUUUAUUCGUGUGUGGUUUUACACCAUUCCAUGAUCUGAAUAUGCAAAACCAGUUUCAAUAAUGGUAUAAUUGUACAUCUUGUAAGCAAACAGUAUUGUACUAACAGGGUUGGUUUUUUCAAAGUAUCGCAUAGAAUUUUAGACCUUUGGCAUAUCUUUAUUUCCAUACAUUAUAUAAUGAAAAUUCAGAAGUAUUACACAUUAGAAAGACUUGCAGAUUACGUGUGCAAGCAACUAGGUUUUUAUUUUAGAAUUACUUCAAAAUAUAAAAAAAUAUUUUAAACAAAAAAAAAAGGAGAAAUCUGCAACAAUAAAAAUCCAUUUUCACUGAGACUUCCAGUACAUGGUUACAACAAGGAAGCAUCACAAUACUCAUGUUCUAUAUGUUCCUACACUGGAGUUUCAGUUAUUAUGUGUGAAUUUCCCAGAGUCUGUCUUAAAUUCUUAGUACUUUUCUUGUGCAAAUCCAAUCUUCUAUUUUUAUAUAAAAGUCUUAUUUUUACAAGUGUCUCUGGGGUAUGCCUGAAUUUUUGACACGCAAAAUUAAUAUUCUUAUACUUAAAAAUGAAUUUAUCUCUAAAACUUGCCAUUUGCAUUUCCUGUGGGAUUCGAAAGAAUGUUCACAGUUACUUAUUACUACCGCUUUUUCAGGUUCUACUCUUCCCUAAAAAAAUAAGCCAAACUCAACUCGUACCUUCAGGCUAGUCCCAAUUAGCAAAACCUUUAUUUCAGUGAAUCAGAAUGUGUAUUUGUUCCUAAUUUUCUUUACUUGUAUGAAAUCGUGUUUUUCUUAUCUGUAUUUGCACUGUUUAGGAUCUCUGAUUUUCGUAGCUGAACCUUCACUUAUUAUUUAUUACUUUGAAGAUUUUGUCAUCGAUAAGAUACAUCAGAAAUACACAGUACUUACUUAAGCUUGAAUUUAUUCUUAAACAUCACUCAUCCUGUAAAUCUCAUUAUCUCUAUUUUUAAUGAAACCAACAGCUCCACAGAACAAGAAGAAUCUAGAACGAAACUCUGCCCUCAGUUACCCCAACCUAAACCUAAAGAGUUCAUGUUAGUUGUUCUUAAUUUCAUUUUAAAUUCAAAAAAUCUACAACAGUUUUAAUUUCAUUGUAGUAUACAUAUUCUCUAAAAUUACUCAUCAAGCCUCAGUACGUUCCAGGUUUGCUGCAAAUAAAGAGAGUUAAACUUGCUUUCAUUUUAAGCAUAUUCAAAUCUAGAGAUGAAAACCCAAAUACUUGUAUGAUUUUUUUCCAGAAUGAAAGCAACUCUUAUGUGUCUUUAAACUGUUUUGUAUUGAAUUAGAGGUCAGUGAGUUCUCCUUGAAAAUGUACAUUUGUGAAAACAUUUUCUUGAAAAAAAAAUAUUCAACUAUAUUUCAUCAGUUUCAACAGAAAAUUGAGAAUUUUUUUCAGUUCACAAAUUUUCAAUUUCAAAUAGUUGGAAAACUCAGUGUUAUCCUCCUUUUUAAGCUUCUAGGGGAAGAAGCAAUUGGAGAAAGAAAACUCAUUUUAUUUCACCAUUUUUUGAAAAGUAAACAAUAAUAACAGCUAUAAUUGGUCAGACUAAGGUCUUUGAGACUUGGCAUAUGUCCAGUGAUUCUUCUUCUGACAUAAUCUCUCAGCCUCUUGAAAAUCAGUAAUUUAGGACUUAUUUGAGACUGGUGCUGCCUCUGAACUAUCCUAUUUAAUACCUACUUCCUCUAAAAAGUUAUUGAACUUUUUUAGAAAUGUGAAAGAUUUCCAGCUUUUUACAGGAAAAGGAAAGACAGAAGGGGAAAAAAAGUUUCAUAAAUCUAUCAAAUUUUUAAGAAAAGUUUGCAUUCUCUCUUUUUUCCAAAAACAAGUCAGUCAGUUUCAAGGUACUAAUUUUAUUGUCUCUCCUCCCAUAUGUAGAUGUUUUCGUGAUAUUUGAGGGGAUACACAAGUACAAUUUUAUUUUAUCAAACAUUAAGUGAAAACCUGUCUUUGUUGGAGUUAGACGGGAGCAUACACUAUACUAAUGAGAUUUUCACGUAAAAAUGAAGAACAAUUGGCAAUUGCAACUUCUAACUUUGUCUGUUAAAUAUAUUCCAAUACAGAAAGCUGUGUAUUUUUUUGAAAGGCUUUGCAGAAUUAUAUGUAACAAUUUCCUGGCCUGUUUCCUAUUCUGUUAUUGCAAAGGGACACCACAAAAGCUUGGCCAUUUGUGCUUCAAUCAUUUAAAUAAAAUUAAUUUUAAAAAUCUUAGAAUAUACAAAGUCUUAGAGAAUUUUAAUGGGAUAAAUUCCAUGCUACAUUCUAUGCCAAUCCUGUAAACAAAACCUGAUUAAAAUUACUAGAAUGGGAUGGUUCAACUGAGAGCAGAUUUUCAUACCUCUGAACAAAUUUAGGGCAGAAACCAUUGCUGUUGACAAUCUGAUUAUAGAUCAAAAUUAAAUAUGCUGCAUUUAUUUUAUAGUAAUUCAACACUUCUGUAGAAUACCUAAUUAAUAUUCAUAUUCCUUACAAUUAUCUAAUUCAUUUGAUGCAACAGUGAUAAUGUUACAGAAAUAAAAUACUGUACUAAUGGAAAAUUGCUGUCAAAGUCCACAUUAUUGUAUCUAAUGCAAUCACUGACAGCUUAUACAGAAAUGUAUUGGCCACUCUCCUAUGCAAAAAAGUUAUUUCAUCAUUAAAUUCCUUCAAGAAUGUUUAAACUGUUAGAUUUUGAACUGCCAAAGGUGUCUAGAGAGAAUAAUGAUGUGUUGUUCCUUUUUUCAAACUGUGUGUGUAGAAAAUUAAAAAUGUGUGUUGAUUUUAUAAGUUACUUGAAAGGUUGAAAUAUUAAAGUAUUAAUAAAUAGCUUAUAUUUUUAGAUCAAAUAUACGAAGACAUUUUGUGAAAUAUUUGUACUACAAAAGGACAUAUGGUUUCCCGUUAGGCCAUGUAUUUACUUCUAACUGGAAUAACAAGUUGACUUGUGGUUUAAUAUUUUGUAGUGUUCUUUUAGGACCAACUCACUCUAACAGCACACUGUUAAGUCUGAAAGUCAAGUGUCGCUCACGCAUUCGCUACGCGUUAGAUAUCACAUAAUGCAUACGUUUCAUUCUAUACAAGAACUCACAUUAGGACUUCUCAUCAGAAAAAGACCUGAGGCUACAAGUUUAGUUGCCUCAAUAUAAACAACUAAAUUAAUUUAGAUGUCUUAGUUACUUAGUAGAAUAAAUACAUAUUUGAGGAAUAGCCUGCUAUAAAAUAUUUUUGUGUAGCUUUAUAUAAAUUACUGCCUAAUGAAAAAUGAAUAAUGAAAUAAACUUCAUUUCUCUUCAUUACUGUUUGGUGAAAAAAAAGGUAGUGCUUAAUAUUUAACACAGAACUGUACACAUCAUAUUAGAAAAUGGAGACCUCUGUAUUUAGCAACAGCUUUUUUGUUUUCUAUGGAUAUUAAGGUAUUCUUUCUUAACAUUGUCUAAAGUACAGUUCUAUUACAGGUUCCAUUAAUUUUACCUUACAUUUCUAUUAACUUUGGCAACUAUGUGCACGGUAAUUAAUACCUACGUUCUUGAAUUAUUUAGAGAUUAAUUAUUUUGUAAUUAUUUUACAAGUUCUUUGCAUAACUAGCUUGUGAUAAUGGUUACUGUGAAUUGGUGCCAUGGUUAACUUUUUGUUCCAAUAUUGUGCUUUAUAUGCUGUGCCAACGCGAGAAAGUACAUUUAUAUUUUUAUUUGACAUUAAUUGCCUAUAAAAUACUGUGUGUCUGUGUGUCUAUAUGUUAUUAGGUAUACAUGCUGCCCAACUAGCACUAAGGGAAAUGAUUAAUUGUUAUAAGGCAAUGAAUUCCCAAGAAGCUAUACAUUUCACAGAUAUGAAUAUAGUUAGGAAAGAGCUUUCCUCUGAAUGUGAAGAUUUGCUCUGAAAGUUAGAUGUAUCAGGUGUAUAAAAAUUAGACAGAUUGAGUUUUUCAGUAUAGUAUUUUCCUAGAUGCCGUGGUUAUGGAUGCGUGCGCGUAGUUCCUUUCAGGCAGUGCAUCUCGUAAUACACAAGGUUGUUAUUUCUUGGCUGUUCAUCCUGUAGGAUUUUCUAUCAAUGUAAUGAGUAAUGUUGCAGUACUGAUAUUGUAUCAGUAUAUGAUACUGCUUGAAUUAAAUAGAUUACAGCCUUUAAAAUAAGUGACUCGUUGAAAUGACUUGGACAACGAUCUCUAUCAUUAUCUGUUUGUUGCUCACGCCUUGCUGGCAGUGUCUCGCAGUGAGCAUAGUAUGUCUCCCACGUGCAAUAUUCUCUUUGUACUUGUGUUUGUCAAUUUGUUUGUGCUGUCUCUCUGAACAGGGCUAUUAAAAAUUAUUAGUAAUGCUUUUAUCUAUUUUUCCAUAUACUGUGUUUUACACAAAAAUCAAUAAAAAUCUAUGUCAGGUAUUUGGCU